CAAUUUGGAGCAUUUGUGCUGUUUUGUGCUCCUCCCUGAUAAGUAGAUUUCAUUUUCAGUAGGACUAGAGCUAUUUUCCAAUUAAUUAGGAUCAAACUACUAGCUAGCUAAAUAGGAAAGAUAUAAGUGCAUAAUAAUUGAGCAUCUGUAAUAUUGCGCCCUCUAACUCUACAACGUAUUGUGGGCAGUUAAUCAUAUCUGAAAAAUCGAAAACGCCUCCUCAAUUGGACAAAAGAAUCGCCAAAAUUGAUACCGUGGCCGUAAUAACGUCGAGCACCUGCAGCGCCAAAGAUAGCGUUUGCAAAAGCUCCAGUGGCGUUAGUCUUGUGCCUAGUGGCAGUGGUGCAGUUGGAAAAGUGCAGUUAAUACCUGGACCCGGACUAGUGGCUACAAGUAAAAUGUCAGGCGAUCAAAAAACCUUUUUAAAGGGCCACUCGUCGCAGUAUGUCAAGUUAAAUGUUGGAGGACGUUUGUAUUACACAACAAUUGGUACAUUAACAAAGCAUGAUACCAUGUUGAGUGCUAUGUUCAGUGGCCGCAUGGAAGUAUUAACUGAUUCAGAAGGUUGGAUUUUGAUCGACCGUUGUGGUAAUCAUUUUGGCACCAUUCUUAACUACUUACGUGAUGGCACUGUUCCACUGCCCGAAUCUCAUAAAGAAAUCGCUGAGUUGCUUGCGGAAGCCAAAUAUUAUUGCAUUACUGAAUUAGCCAUGUCAUGUGAGCGUGCAUUGCUCGCUCAUCAAGAACCCAAACCCAUCUGUCGCAUACCAUUAAUCACAUCACAAAAGGAAGAGCAACUUCUAAUUAGUUCUUCCUCGAAACCUGCCGUCAUUUUGGUGGUGCAACGACAAAAUAAUAAAUAUUCUUAUACGUCCACUUCCGAUGAUAAUUUACUAAAAAAUAUCGAGCUCUUCGACAAAUUAUCCUUACGAUUCAACGAACGCAUUUUAUUUAUUAAAGAUGUGAUUGGACCCAGCGAAAUAUGCUGUUGGUCAUUUUAUGGUCAUGGCAAAAAAGUGGCUGAAGUAUGCUGCACUUCGAUUGUAUAUGCUACAGAUCGGAAACACACUAAAGUGGAAUUUCCAGAAGCACGCAUCUAUGAAGAGACGCUACAAGUACUAUUGUAUGAGAACCGUAAUGCACCCGAUCAAGAGCUAUUACAGGCAACAUCAUCAGUUCGAGGAGCUGUAGCUGCUCCCGGUAUGCAGCAGUACACCAGUGAUGAGGAAGAGGAGCGUACCAGUUUGGCACGACUGCGUUCGAACAAACGCAAUAAUCCCACUUGAUUUAUGAAACAAUACGUGGGAUGACAACGUACCGCGCUUCCCUAACUUUGGAGGGAUGUUAGCGGAGGGAGUGCAUAGAUAGCCAAAGAAUGAUACUAAUAUGAGGAUAAACAAACUCAUCCUCAUGCUUUUGAAAUAGAUAAAGGCAAAAUUAAUCAAAGAAACUAAAAUUUCCAAUAUGUGUGUGUGAACAGAAUUAUAUUGACCACACGUGAGGAAAUAUGCAAAGGUCUUUUGCAUUGCACACAUUCAAAUUUGUAAUAAAAACAUUUUAUCAUUUUGACUCAAAUGUAUUUUUAUACUCCAACAUAUUGUUUUUUAUAUCUCACAGUUUGUUAAAACUUUUUUAUACCUACCACGUAAAAACAUAAAAUAUUUCAAUGCAUUAAUGAUGUUCUGAUUAAUAGUCGUCUAACUCAUAUAGUAUUAAAUACAUAUACAAACAUUCUCAUUAUCGGUUUGUAAUUUAAAACUCGAGUUUUUAUUUUUUAUUUUAUUUAAUCAAUUGCGUUUAGUGUUCCCGUGAAACUGAUAAAUUUCACGGAAACGUAAUAAAUGUAUAUUUUUUAUACUGAAACGAGGAAACCAUAAAAUCUAUUAACAGACAGAAAAAAAGAAAAAUAAACGUUUUUUUUUAAUAGAAAAUUAAAAAAAUAUUCAAAUCUAAAAUGCGAAAGUUAGCUAAAAUGGAAUAUAAAAAUUUAAGAGCAGAAAAUCUUUAUGAGCCAAUUAAGAAACUCGUCGUUAGAAGUUAUAAGGAACAAAUAUGUAAAUAAAUUUAAUAAAGAGUGCACAUUAUUCCUCUAGAUGUCAAA